AUGUAUCUUGAACCAAUUAAGAAAAGUAGACAAAAUGAAUUAGAGGGAUUACCGCCUCACAUCCUCAAAAAUAUUUUCACCAAACUUUCAUUUAAGCACAGAUUUUUGUUUAUUUCAUCAUUGAACUCCAUUGUCAAAGCAACAUGCUUGCAGCUUCUGUUUGAAAAAAUUGAAUUUAUUUCAUGCAGUUGUAAAAACUAUGGUUUAACUGUAAGCAGGAAGAUUAAAGAACAGGUUACUUUGAAAUUGAACCUUAAAGAUGCUACACUUUUUAAAAAAUAUUUGAAUCAAUUCUCCCGAAACAUAUAUUUCAAAAUAGAUUUACCUAACCAAGAACUAUUAAAAAGACAUCAAGAUAUAACUACUCUGUUAAGUAAAGUGAGAAAAAUUGCGUUUCUAGUUCAAAAUGUUUCAUUGUAUGAUUAUACUUCUCCUUGCCGGUCGCCUAUACUACUUGCUGAAUUUUGGAAAUGUAUUUCAUUAUUGAAAGAUAUUCUACUUUAUCAUAAAAAAACAUUAAAUGCAAUAACAAUAAAUUUUGAUUUCGGAAUUAUAAACAACAAUUUUCCAAUUCUAUUUUCAGCUUAUAAUGGGUUAGUACAUGAAGAAUCAAGAAUAUACAGAUUUGAUUCUAAAUAUCUCUUUUCAGAUGAAUAUGUAAAUUAUGGUUUAUUUAAUUUAAAAAAAUUGGAUUUGGAUGGAAUGGUUCUUACAAAAAUUGGGUCUGGUGUGCUAAAUUUAAACAAUUUAAAAUAUUUCCAACUGAGAAAUAAUAACUUUGGCAAUUUGAAAAAAAUUCAAUUCCCUGAGGGGUUAAGAUACUUGUUUUUAAAUUUAAGUGGAAUUACUUGUAUAAAAAACGUUUCAUUUCUGAAUAAUUUGGUCAAAUUAAUAUUAUCUGGAAAUAAAAUAACAACGUUUGACAAUCUUAGUGGAUGUGAAAAUCUAGUUCAAUUAAAUUUAGAUGGUAAUUCUAUUUCAAAAAUUAAUAAUGUAUCCCAAUUCAAAAACCUAAGGCGUCUCUAUUUGCAAUAUAAUUCAAUCAAUUGUAUCAAAAAUUUAAGUUCAUUAUCAAACUUGGAAGAAUUGUUUCUUGAUCAUAAUUUAAUUGAUAAUAUUCAAACCCUUAAAUACUUAUCAAAUUUAAAGGUUUUAGAAUUAUCUUUCAAUUCCAUUCAAAGUAUAGAUAACUGUUUUGAUGGUUUUGUUAGUUUACAGACGCUAAUUUUAAUAAAUAACCAUAUUAUAAAAAUUGGAGUUUUUCCCACAAAAUUGAUGAAUUUAAAGGCAAUCUCUUUUUCUCAUAACCGAAUAACAAAAAUCGAAAAUUUAGAUAACUUAAUCAAUUUGAAUUCCCUAAAUUUGUCUCAUAACCGAAUAACAAAAAUCGAGAAUUUAGAUAACUCAAUCAAUUUGAAUUCCUUAAAUUUGUUACAAAACCAAAUAACAAAAAUUGAAAAUUUAGAUAGCUUGGUCAACUUGACUUCCUUAAAUUUGUCACGAAAUAGACUCAACAUAGUUGAAAACAUUGAAAAAUUAGUUAAUAUCAGUGUUAUCAAUUUAUCAAAUAACUGGAUUAGUGAUUUGAAAAUAAUGGAAAAUGAGGCACAUUUAGAAAACUUGACUGAGGUAAACUUAUCUAAUAACAGAAUAUUUAAAAUGGACAAUUUGGGUUGUUUUAAAAAUUUAAGGACCUUGGACCUAUCGAAUAAUUUGAUAAAAGUAUUAAUACCUAUAAAUCAAUUAAACAGCUGUUCAUAUAUCAAUCUAGAGUCUAAUGCAAUAGAUCAAAUUGUGAAUGAAUCGAGAAAUGAUAGAAUGCGGUCAAUAUUAAAAACAAUUUUGAGAGAAAAAAACACUUUUCCACUUCAAGAAAGCACUGAAAUGACAUUAAAUUUGAUGUUAAACCCAUUAACACGGAUGAAUGGGCUAUCCAAAUGGAGCAAUUUAACUCAUUUGAUUUUACCGGAAAGCAUAUCAGGCAUUGAUAAAAGGGACCUUUCACAAUUAAGGAAUAUGAAAGAAAUGGAAUUACCGAGACGUUCAAACGUCUCCUCGAGAACAUUAAACAAGUUAAAAAAAAAAUUCCCUAAUCUUAAAAUUAAAUUUAUUAGGAAUGAUUUUGGAGCUUCGCAGAAUCGGCCAGGUUUUUCAAAUACGACCCAUCUAGUUGGGAGAUGGGUUUAUGUUGAGAGGAACAAUAACCACUCUUAA